AUAUACGAUCUACGGUAGCGGUGGUGGAGUUCUCUUUAUUCUUUAUUUCAAAGGCGAGCCGAGCCGACCCUUCCGCCACCAACGGUCAAACUCCUCCUCCGACGCCGCCGUUCAACGAUCUCCGACCCGACCGUCGGAAGGGGAGAGUUACACUAUCGUCUAUCACAGCCUCCGAUCAUGACUCCUGAAUAUGACUACUUGUUCAAACUCCUUCUAAUCGGAGAUUCAGGUGUUGGAAAGUCGUGUCUUCUCCUAAGAUUUGCUGAUGAUUCGUAUAUUGAGAGCUACAUCAGCACAAUUGGUGUUGACUUUAAAAUUCGAACUGUCGAGCAAGACGGGAAGACUAUUAAACUUCAGAUUUGGGAUACUGCCGGACAGGAACGAUUCAGAACAAUAACAAGUAGCUACUAUCGUGGGGCACAUGGGAUUAUAAUAGUAUAUGAUGUAACUGAUCAGGAGAGCUUCAACAAUGUGAAGCAAUGGUUGAACGAAAUAGACCGCUAUGCUAGCGAAAAUGUAAACAAGCUUUUGGUAGGGAACAAGUGCGACCUUAGUGACAACCGAGCUGUGCCUUACGAGACAGCAAAGGCAUUUGCUGAUGAAAUUGGCAUCCCCUUCAUGGAGACUAGUGCCAAAAACUCCACCAACGUCGAACAAGCUUUCAUGGCUAUGGCUGCUGAUGUUAAAAACAGGAUGGCGAGCCAGCCGGCAGGAAGCAAUGCGAGACCGCCAACAGUGCAGAUCCGUGGACAACCUGUCAACCAAAAAAGCGGGUGCUGCUCAACUUAGGUACCCGGUGGCCAUCAGGUCUCGAUCAUCGGUAAAGCCUUGCGUGUGUUUUGUUUGUGUUCGAGUUUCUAUAUUAGCCCCUCAAUUCUUUGAAGAAUAUAUCAUAUAUAUAUAUAUAUAACAUGUUAUUUUUCAGAACCUUUUUCUGUACAAAUUAUGAAGGCUUGCUUGCUUAACAGCAAUUCUACUGUUAUUUUGGCUUUAUUUUUUAUUUUGUGAGAAAUAUAUAGUGAAUUUUGGUUUGUG